AUGACUUUAAGGUACUCUUCAGAUCUAACACUGAACAUAUAUGAAAAGCCUCCACAAAACCCAGAUUGGCUUCAAAAGUAGGGGAAUAUAGAUUUAAUCUUGAAUAAGAUCAAAUAAAAGAAUAUGCUUUAAAGAAUUCAAUAUACUANAUUUGAAGUUAUUGAUGAUCCAAACAAAGAUAAAUUAUACUUGGUAAUGGAAUAUAUGGGAAAAGGAAGUAUAUUAAGCAAAGGUUUCUUUAAAAAAUAAAAAACUACUUCAAAUAUACUUGAUGAAAUUGAGGACAAAAAUAUUGUGUCUAAAUUAACAGAGGAACAGUGUCGUCAUUAUUUCUCUGAUUUUAUAAAAGGAUUAUAUUAUUGUAAAUUAUUAUUCAUAUUUAGUACAUGAAUGUGUGAAUGUGAUUCAUAGAGAUAUCAAACCAGAAAAUCUAUUAGUCAAUAUUAACAAUUAACUUAAGAUUGCAGACUUUGGAGUUUCUCAUAUUAUGGAAGAUGGAGGAGAUGGAAGAAUAUCAAAUUAAACAGGUACUCAAGCAUACUUAGCUCCAGAAGUAUUUAAAGGUAUGAAUCCUUUCUAUCAUUUAGGAUAGAAUUUUGAUGGAAAACCAGUUGAUAUUUGGGCAGGAGGUGUUACUUUGUAUUAGAUGGUCUAUGGAAAACUUCCAUUUACAAGUUAAAAAUCUAUGGAAUUGAGAUAACAAAUAUUGGAGGAGAAGUAAGAAAUUAUGUUAAUUUAGUCCUCUUUUUCCAUAACCAUAAGGAUUUUCUAGUUCAAUUAUAAAAUUAUUACAGGGUUUAUUAUAAAAGCUUCCUGAAAAACGGUUGAAAAUUGAUUAAAUCAUAAUGGAUGAUUGGAUUACUGAUUUUGGUAAGUAGCCAAUUAUUAAUUAAUAUAUUGAAUAUGUUGAUGUCACAGAAAUGGAUAUAAGAUUUGCCUUAACUAGUCUUAAUAUUCAAAUGGCUUUGAAAAUAGUUGUUAAAUUAUUGUAUUAAGCUAAAAAAGCUAGAAGAAAAAUUGCAGAAAGAAAGAAAAUGCAAAAAUGA